AUGCCUCCGCAGAGUUCCUCCUCACGGAGAAUCAAGAACAUCUCCAUUUCCAAACCCAUAAUCUACGGCAACGUGGCACAGAAGAUUUCCGACACCAACCCGCUUCCCGAAGGCGCGCCCACAGACCACACUCACACAUGGAAGGUGUUUGUUGCUGACCCGCUAGGCAACGAUCUGUCGAGCUAUAUCCGCAAAGUGGUGUUCAAGCUGCACGAAACCUACAACAAUCCUACCCGCUCCAUCGAGGAGCCGCCAUUCGAGGUGUCAGAGACCGGCUGGGGAGAGUUUGAGAUAGUAAUCAAGAUAUACUUCAACAACGACUGCGGCGAAAAAAAUAUAACGUUCUACCAUCAUUUGAAGCUCCAUCCAUACGGACCGAACAUGGAGGAAAGCCAGAAAACCGGUAGAGUGGAGAGCAUACUGUUUGACGAAAUAGUAUUCAACGAGCCUACAGAGAGAAUGUUCAGACUGCUGACCGCCAAACCGGGUUCGCUGCUGCCCUACAAAAGCGAGAAUUCCAAGUUCACCAAGGAGGCAGAGCGACAGGAGAUCGACCGGAUCGAAAAGGCCCUCGAGGAAGUCAGAAAGCAGAUCGACCAGAAAAGCGUCGAGUUCAAAGAAUUGGAGCAGGAACGACAGCGACUCGUCGCAUGA